CAGCUCAGCGCGUCGGUCCCUGCGGUGUUGUCAGUUUACAGCCCGUCAGACGCUACCUGUAACUUUCGUUGGGCCGCGGAGAAACACACCGAGGGAGAUGGUGCUGCUGACGAUGAUCGCUCGGCUGGCUGACGGCCUGCCGUUAGCCGCCUCAAUGCAGGAGGACGAGCAGUUGGGUCGGGACCUCCAGCAGUAUCAGAGUCAAGCGAAGCAGCUCUUCAGGAAACUUAAUGAUCAGAGUCCCACACGCUGCACUUUAGAGGCUGGCUCCAUGUCAUUUCACUAUUUCAUCGAGAAGGGCGUGUGCUAUCUCGUGCUGUGCGAAGCCAGCUUUGCCAAGAAGCUGGCCUUCGCUUACCUCGAAGACCUGCAGGCGGAGUUUCACGAGCAGCACGGAAAGAAGGUGCCCACCGUGUCCCGGCCCUACUCCUUCAUUGAGUUUGACACCUACAUCCAAAAGACCAAGAAGUCGUACAUUGACAGCCGAGCGAGGAGGAAUCUGGGCAGCAUCAACACGGAGCUGCAGGACGUCCAGAGGAUCAUGGUGGCGAACAUCGAGGAGGUGCUGCAGCGAGGAGAGGCCCUCUCUGCGCUGGACUCCAAGGCCAGCAACUUGUCCAGCCUGUCGAAGAAGUACCGGAGCGACGCCAAGUAUCUGAACACCCGCUCCACCUAUGCCAAGCUGGCGGCCGGUGGUGUGUUUUUCAUCAUGCUCAUUGUCUAUGUACGCUUCUGGUGGCUCUGAGAGAGAGAACGAGUGAGAGAAAGAGAGAUAGAGAGAUAAAAGAGGUGUUGAAGUUUAUAAUGAGCUGCACAGAGUCUGCAGACGCGCAACAACAACAAAACAGGACGCCUGCUCUUAAUAAGACUUUGCAGACAUAACACGGCCCAUUUUUGUUCUCACCUGUCCCAUGGAUGUGUGAUCCGAAUAUAAAUGAUUACAUAAUGUUAUUAUUCACAGUUAUUCCGCAGUGCACUAGUAGUUGCCCUGGACACAAGUGGGAAUCAGUGAAUGUGCCUGUGUGGGUCGAUUGCUCUGUUUUUGUAGGCGAUUAGUUUUUCCAAGUGUGGAAAGAGAAUGAAAAAGAAAAGUUCCCGAAGCUCUACUGUACCGUCACGGGACCGAUUUCAUCUUGCAUACCGUCGAAUGAUAACAAACAAAAACGAUUCAUCCUGAGCACAUCACAUGGGUAUCUGCUUUCAUUCAUAUUCUAACCACAGUAGCGCUGGCUUGACAGUAAGGACCGCAGCUACAUCGCUACAUUUGGGGGAAACACGACAUGUUUUUUUAGUUGAAUCGGCUUGAAUAAUUUAGGUACGCUGAGUACUUAAAAACAUAAACAAUUGUAUGCAAGUCUUGUAAAAUGCAAAUUCACCUCCAUCAAAUAUAGCCAAUGUUGUCCACCCAUAAGGGACUGUCCAGAAACUAUUAGGGAGUCAGAAAAAGGGGGAGAAGGAUGUAUAUAUUUUUUCUUCUUAUUGCCUGAAAGAGGAUUGUCCGACUCUUUUUUUUGGGGGGGGGGGAGAGAGCAGGGAGGCUCAUUUGAAGGUGCUACAUUUGAAAUUCAGAGCUUUAAUAUUGCAGCGAAGAAUGAUGUAAUGGCGCCCAGAGCGGGGAACGAAGUCGCACUCCCUCUUUCUGUGUUUCGUCAUCCGAGCUUCUCUGUUCUUUGUUUACGUUGCCAGUCUGGCCCCCGUGUGUGUGUCCAUGUGUGUGUGUGUGUGUGUGUGUGUGUGUCCCACUGGCUAGCUAGUAGCCACUGCUCUACCCUCCAGUUAGCAAUGCCACCCUCUGGUUCCCCCCCCCCCCUCAGGUAAACAGUCGGCUCUUUCGGCACCGUCGCCGUCGCCAUGUUGCCAAUUCCUCGAUCACAGCUGGGCUCUGAAUUUUUAAUUGAGCACCUUUUUUAAAAAUGUUUGAUUCCAGCCCUCAAAUCAAAUGGUAGCGUACAUUGUCGUCGUGUUGGCAGCGGGUUGGAGAGGCGCCCUUUCUCAUAGAACAGCAGUCGUCCCUUCUCACAGCAGCUGUUUUGACACGAAGAUACUCGACUGAAUUAAUUGUCAGGGUCAACCCGAAUGGAACGACAAGCCCAUGAUUAAUGUUAUUCAUUAGCCCUGUGUUUACCCUGCUAUGUAUGACACGUCAACAUGGCUGCUGUGAUAAAUGCCUGUCCUGUCGACUUUAUUUUAUAUGUUUCCCAUCACACUCGACUAGCUCAUGGGAUAAAUGAUGAGAAUCAGAAUAUGGAAAUGUGUGUGUACAAUUAAUACUGAUUACAUCUUGUUACCUCCUUCACUCUCGCCUUCAUCACAACAAAACAUAAUGUGCCAUAUCAAAUUGGCCAAUAUUAUUAUGACAAUUAUAUAAGUUUAGCCUUCUAAUUUGUAUGUCUUUAUCAAAAUAGAGGGUGGCUGGAAUAUUAAUAGGGGAGUGCCCAGAGAAAAUCUGAAUGAUGCUGGUAGAAGCCUUGUUUCUUCAACACCCCCCUUUCUAGAUGACCUUCGUACAGUCCCUAACCCGACCUCAGCAGAGUGUUUCCAUACUCCUUUUACCCUCUUGCUCCGUGACCGUAUGGACCAGCAGCUUUCUGUAACCAGGCAUACACACAUAUAAGAUGUCUGGUGUGGGGUCCUUUUGUUUAUUCUUUAAUUUUGUACAAAGUGUCAACGUGAAGACUCGAUUUAAAAGUGAAUUCAGGCCGUGAGACACAGGCGCCCUCGGCUGGAAGGGACGCCUUCUCCUUUUCCGUCUACUAUCUAUGAAUAAAAUCAUUUGCACAAAAUGCG